AGUUUAUGAUGCCCUUAAUGUAAUGAUUGCCUCCAAAGUCUUUAAAAAAGAGGGUAAAAAGAUUAAAGCUGAUUCUUAAACUUAAAUCCUAAAUAAGAAUCUAAUUCAGCAAAGAUCCAUCUAAAAAGAACAACUUGUAUCUCCAUAUUCAUAUUAUUAGAAUCAUAAGUAAACUAUUGUUGAACUUAAAAAGAAAUAGCUCUCUGAUAUUAUUUAGAAGUUUAAAGCAGCUAAUUUACUUGUUUAAAGAAAUAAAUCACUAGAAUCUACUUUAAAAUAAUCAUUGUUCCAUUUUCCAAUUUUGAUAUUUUCCUCCUAAAUCAAUAACCAAAUAUUUAUUAGAGAUAAAAAAUAUCUAAAAAUUUUAAUGAAAUCCAAAGUCAACUUCAUUGCUGAUCUAGAUGUUGUAAAAAAUUUAUAUCUGUAACUCUAAAAUAUUUCUAUUUUAGUGAAACCAUAGACUUAAAAUAUCUAAUAGAAGAGUGUUAAAAUUUAUUCAUUUGA